AUGGCGCGUUUUGGUGACGCGUCUCAGCAGCCCAGCCCAAUCUCGCGUUUCGCUCCUUGUCUUCACUCAUACCUCUCACCUUUUUCAUCAUCUUCAUCGCAGAUCAAGCCAUCUACUCAACCAUUAUCUUCCGAGACGCUGUUAAUCAUGGUCGGCGCAAACUCCAUCCUCUGCAACAAGCCCGGCCGACCCUGUGCACCUUGCAAGUCCACUGCAUACUGCUCCGUCGAAUGUCAGCAAACGGAUUGGCCUCUCCACAAGCUGCUCUGCAAGAAGUUCUCCUCAUUCUCUCCUCGCCCCGAUUCAGACUCGAAACUCGGCCUAUACUUCCCAGUCGACUCGAAAGUCCCCGAAUUGAUUUGGGUCAAUUGCGCAGAACUGAAUGUAGAACUUCAACCUCACUUUCAGUUUGGCCAAUUGGGCACAGAAUCUUCCGUUCCAUCCAACUUGAUCCCACAGUUGUCACCUAUUCCCGACACAACCUCUGUAGCCCCGGCUCAGCACCCAACCUAUCGAUUAAAGAGGGUCACAAAGGGAAUUGUGCCAGUUCAAUGGGAGGGUCCUGUCGUUGUGACCGGUAAAACCGGUAUCCCGGACUAUGCCGAAGGGAAAUUUCAAGACAUCACAUUGGGCGAUCUUCGCAUCGCAGUCGAUUACUUUGUGGCACACAGUCAGAUGAUGGAUCCUUCGAUUGGGAUAACGAAAAGCAUGGGGACAAUGUUCGGGACGGCCAAAAAGAAAUCGGCAGAAGGUGUCAGGGCUAACUGCAACGGAGACCGUUUUGUCAACCAUCGCCCAAAAUAUGAAGAAGUCACUCUCCCUCAUGAUCAUCCCAUCCACAAGGUAAAAUCUACCUUACUAUCACAACUUCUAGAUUUGCCGAUCCUCAUCUGGAAAUACCCUCCCGAUAAAGCGUGGAAAAACAUGAAUGUGAUACCUGGCCAGAGCGGGUACUACAAUGAGCCACAUGGUAAUUGGGCCGCCCUCUUCAUGAACGUCAACACGGAUAUUAUGAGCGAUCGAUGGAGAAUGCCUCCACUGUAUUGGCAAACUGAGGUUGGGGGUGUGUUGAUUAUCCGGCAGGAUGGGAAGGCCAGCACGCUGAAUUCUACCUUCAGAUGAAAUGGGAGGCACCUCGAGUCCAAGGCGCAGAGGGAGCUGAAAAUGUGCUGAAAGUGAGACGAUAUAUCCAUGAGCGUCACCUGAACAAGGCGGCAUUCUUCGAGUGGUUCAGGGAAUACAGGAUCCUCAAAAUGGAUGGCGGGGAGUCCUCUUGGGCUGCCUUUUUGUCUCCUUAUGAUGUCUGAAGGAGGCCUUUGAAGUUGGGUAUUAUUGCU